GAAAUAUCAUUACUCAUUUCUCCGGGCAAUCAAGAAGCAGACCUCAAGAGUGAACUCCCGAUUUUCGAGCGAGCGCGAACGCGGGAUAUUACGGAAAGGAAUCGCCAUGACGGGAGAAGAGGUCGCGGGUCCUGCCGCCCCCAAGGUCCUCCGUCUGCUAUAUUUUGUCGGUGCUGGAUUCAUAUGCACGGCUGCAAUUAACAAAUGGCGGCAGCUGGAGCGUAAAGCAAUGCUACAGAAGCAGCAGGGGAACCGAUUGCCUGAAGAUUCAACAAACGCGGUGCAAAAGGCCGUCGAUUAAUCGUAAGCUCCUUUGCUUUCUUUUCACCGUUAAGAGUUUGAUUAGGAGAAGAAGAAGAAGAUGUUAAACUGAGAUUUUGUUAUCGAUUGGAGAUUGUGUAAUCUUCAAAACAUGUAGCCUUUUCCGUUUCCUGAUCCUUUUAAUCGCCUCUUUUUCAAUGAAUAAGAAGAGGAAAAUUGUUGUUGGGAGCA